AUGCGGGCUAUGGCUAACGGUCUUGCCGGGCAUGAACACGACUUUUAUGUCUACGUCAAUGAGUCUCGGUGGUUAUUUGGACCCAGUGGUGGUGGCACCGACUAUAGCAAUCUGAACGAGGGUCUUCCGUACUGGUUCAAUGGGCUGGUACCAAUGGCCUACGUCCUUGAUGAUUCCAGGCUGAAAGAUCAAGUUCAUGCCGUGGCUUCUACCGUCCUCGGUCUUCAAACGGCAGACGGAUGGAUCGGCCCUGAAACAUAUGCCGACCGCAAUUUUUGGGCUCGAACGCCAUUUUUCCUAGGCCUUACACAACUGGCCGAGGCCAAUUCGACAUGGGAGCAGCCCGUUCUCAAUGGCCUUCGGAAGUUUAUGGAUCUGACCAACACAAUGCUGAAAAAUAAUAGCCAAGGCUUUACAAACUGUGACAGUUCCAUUGACUGUCGUUGGGGCCAGACUCGAGUGCACGAUCUCAUCAUCACCAUUCAAUGGAUGAUCGAAAAGUAUCCCUCCAAUCAAGACUCCACUCUAUGGGAGAAUAUGAAUAUGUUCUACUCACAGGAUCAGUUCAAGUGGGACGAGUGGUAUACGGCGAGCACAUAUCCCAAGGUGGUCGCAAAUCCCAGUGCAGAUGCCACGGAUUUCCCUUACAUGCACGGCGUCAACGUUGGUCAAGGUAGGCUAUGGACAGUCUUCAUGCGCUUUCACGUUUUGGUCAUAUCUGAUUACUUUUACAAAUAG